CACACGUGACUUUGUUGCGUUUUGUAAGACUCAGCUUUGAUAAUUGAAUAACAGGCGGGUCGGUCAAGCAGUCUGUGACACGCUCCUCUGCACGCACUGGUCACUUCAGCGGAUUAAAAAAGGGAAAACCACUGAACUGUCCGCUAGUGGGCUAACGCUAGCUGACUCACUAUGUUUCCAGCUAGCAGAUAUUCUAGUCAAGCCCACAGGUGCAUCAGGGCAUUGAAAACGGUUCAAACGGAGCAUGCCGCCCCUCAACUGUACACAACACUACACAGAAGAGCAUGCUCCUCGUUGCCAGCAGCACCCCGCAUCACUACACACUACUCUAUCCACCCCCGGGACAAAGACCCACGAUGGGAAGGCGUCGAAAUGGAGAGGUUUGCAGACGAGGCAGAUGUGGUGAUAGUAGGUGGAGGCCCUGCUGGUCUUUCCGCAGCCAUCCGCCUGAAGCAGCUGGCUAAUGAACAUGAGAAGGAGCUGCGAGUGUGUCUUGUGGAGAAGGCCUCUCAGAUUGGAGCACACACUCUGUCAGGAGCUUGCCUGGAGCCCAGUGCACUUUCGGAGCUCUUCCAUGAUUGGAAGGAACGAGGAGUUGGUCUAGACUACUCCAAUCCUUACCUGAGCCCCUUUAGAGAAUUCCAGCGCUGGAAACACCAUCCAUUUGUUGCACCCACUCUGGAGGGAGGCCAUCGCAUCGCAUAUGGGGCCAGGGCCCUGAACGAGGGAGGAUUUCAGUCUAUACCAAAGCUGACGUUCCCCGGAGGGCUGCUUAUUGGCUGCAGCCCUGGUUUCAUGAAUGUCCCAAAGAUCAAAGGCACACACACGGCUAUGAAGAGUGGAAUGCUGGCUGCCGAGGCCAUUUUCCCCAAGGUGACCGCAGAAAGCCUGGAUUCAGAGACCACAGGAAUCCAUGUGCCUGAGUAUGCUGAGAACCUGAAGAAUUCGUGGGUGUGGAAGGAGCUGUACGCGGUCAGAAACAUCAGGCCGUCCUUCCACAACUACUUUGGCCUGUACGGUGGCAUGGUCUACACUGGAAUCUUCUACUGGAUGUUCAGAGGAAAAGAGCCGUGGACGCUAAAGCACUGCGGUCUUGACGCAAACCAGCUGAAACCGGCAAAAGAUUGUACGCCGAUUGACUAUCCCAAGCCGGACGGCAAGAUAAGCUUUGACCUGCUCUCCUCUGUGGCCCUGAGUGGCACCAAUCAUGAGGGCGACCAACCCGCUCAUCUGACCCUAAAGGACGACGAUGUUCCAGUUGCCAGGAAUUUGUCUGUGUACGACGGGCCUGAGCAGCGCUUCUGCCCCGCAGGUGUGUACGAGUAUGUUCCCAUGGAAACAGGAGACGGGAUGAGAUUGCAGAUUAACGCUCAGAACUGUGUCCACUGUAAAACCUGCGAUAUCAAGGACCCGAGCCAAAACAUCAACUGGGUGGUGCCCGAAGGUGGAGGCGGACCAGCCUACAACGGAAUGUGAACCUCAGGAUCCUCUGUUUUUCUUUGUUUGUUGUUGUUUCUAAAACCGUUUGUCUUGAAGAAUUAACUGUAAGUACGAUCACGGUUCACACGUUUUUGUCCAAAAAUGGAGAACGAGCCUCAACUACAGAACCGAAAACAACGUACGCGUCGUCACUUAUGCAGGUUUAUGAUAGUGAAAGAAAUCAAAUCAGAGAGUCGCAUUUUAUCGUAGUUAUUAAUUAUUUAAUUUUGCAGUGGUAAAUAGAGCUAGUUUAAAAUGUGCCAUUCGUUAUCAAGGACCACAAUAAAACUGAAAUUAAAGCAAAAGUCGUCAACAAUUA